AUUAAACCAGUCAUUCUGCUCGAGAACCCUCCCGGGGACGUGGACCAGCGUGGAUUAUUUGUGAAGACCCAAAGCGAAGUGUCCUAGGUCCUGCGUCAGCAGAGAAGACUUACCAUUCUACUAUCUAACGUUUAGUGUCCUGACCAUUGGAGAUCUGAGUGCUAGAAUCACGGAGCAAAAAAAAAGACUGAGGAGAGUGCGCGAAAGCUGCAUUGACCUUCACGAUGUGGGUCUUUAACUCCAGGAACCUACUGUGCACAUUUGUGAUAUCGUUAGUGCUGUGCCAAAGUGUUUUCGCAGCAUCCUGCCAACAAGGCUGCCCAAACCCCAACAAGUCAUCCAAGUACAAAUUUCAGCCGGGAAAUGUCUACACCUACGAACUGGACAGUUUCGUGCAGGUGCAGCUGACCGCGGAAGAAGUCGACGCUCAGCAGACCACACUCAAGAUUGAUGGUAAGGUAGAGGUGUACGCCGCCGAUAACUGCCAGUACACGUUGAAGGUACUAUCCCUAACCAGCUUCGCACCCGAUGGUAAGAAGUCACAAUUUGGCGCCGACAUCACCAAACCCGUCCAGUUCACACUGUCCAACGAUGAACUGUUGCCGGAGCUGUGUACCGAGAGUAGCGAUUCGGACUUUUCGCUGAACGUUAAGCGCGGUAUCAUCUCGCUGCUGCAAUCCGCUGAAGGCAAAUCCUUUGAAACCGAUAUUUUCGGUGUCUGUCACACAUCCUUUUCGAACUUUGCUACCGGUGGUGCCACCGUCGUUAACAAAGUUCGUGAUCUCGCAGGAUGUGGCUAUCGGGAAACCCUGAGUAACCCAUUGGUCACCAGUGUCGUCAACAGCAAAUCGGGAGUUAAGGCAACACCAUUGCUGAACUCUAACUACAACAGCCAACAGACGUUCAAGAAUGGUAUCCUGGAAUCGGUGAAACUAACUGAAGAGUACAAAUAUGUACCGUACGCCAAACUGAACUCGGGAGCUUUGGCAAAGGUCACCACAAAAUUGACUUACACUGGCGCCAAGGCAGGUAGUGCACCCGCACUGGCCAGCGGUGUUCCACGUUCAGUAAUCUUUGAAAAGCCACAUCCCGACUCGCAAACCAAUCUGGAAAUCAUUAAGCAGGAACUGAAGACCGUUGUCGACUCGUACAAUAACAACAACGUGGGCAAACUCAGUGCCAGCCAGUUCAUCGAACUGAUCCGGUUGAUGCGAUUCUCCAAAAAGGAUGACAUUUUGUCUCUGUACCAACAGGUCAAAGCCGGAACCGCUCACGGAAAUAAGAGUUUGGCUCGCAAAGUGUACCUCGAUGCUCUGUUCCGCGUCGGAACGGGAGCUGCUGUCGAAGCUCUAGCCAAUCUGUACAAGAACAAGGAAGUGUCGGAUGCCCAGGAACAAAAACUUAUGUUCAUAUCAUUGAAUUUUGUCACGUCGAUGAGCAAACCAGCAUUGAAAGCAGCCAAACUUCUGCUCGAUGGAAACCCACCACGUGAAGCGUACCUGAGUGUUGGAUCCCUGGUGAAUAAGUACUGCCAGCAACAUGGUUGCGAAUCCGCUGAUGUCAAAGAAAUCUCCGAAAAGUUUGCUGUGAAACUCGGCAAGUGCCAACCGAAAAACCGCGUAGAAGAAGACAUCGUUGUCGCGGUGUUGAAAGGAGUGAAAAACACCAACAAUUUAGUUUCACCGCUGCUUGAAAAAGUGAUCGUAUGUACUUCGGAAAAGUCAUCUUCACGUAUCCGUGUUGCCGCCUUCCAGGCAUACCCAGCCGCGUCCUGUUCUAAAAAUAUUGUCAACUCUGCACUUGGCUUCUUGAAAAAUGCCAACGAAGACUCCGAGAUCCGCAUCCAAGCGUAUCUAUCCCUGGUGGAAUGUCCAUCGGCAGCAGUGGCUAACGAACUCAAAGCGGUACUGGACAGCGAGAAAGUAUACCAGGUUGGAUCGUUCAUCACCACCCACCUCGCCAGCCUUCGAUCUUCAGUCGAUAACAAUCGUGACGCAGCCCGCCACCACUUUGCAAACAUUCGAACCACAAACAAGUUCCCGUUCGACUUCCGCCGGUACUCGUUUAACCGAGAAUUCUCGUACGCCGUUGAGUCCCUUGGUUUGGGUGCCAGCGCCGACGCUAGUGUGAUUUAUUCCCAGAAGAGUUUCCUACCCAAAUCGGUAGCGUUCAACUUUAGCACGGAAGUUUUCGGAAAUGGUUUCAAUGUCUUCGAAGUCGAGGGACGACAGGACAAUCUGGACCGCGUUAUUGAGCACUACUUUGGCCCGAAAGGAUUCUUCCGAGGCAUGGAUUUACAGACGGCCUUCAACACGUUGGUGGAGCAAUACGGUAAACUUUCGCAGAAGGCUCAGAGUCGAUUCCGUCGUGGACUGAAGGAGGAUGUGAGAGCUUUUGCUAAGACUGUCAACCUGCACAACGAUGCUUUGGAUGAUUUCAAUCUUGAUGUUUCGGUUAAAUUCUACGGCUCGGAACUAUUCUUCUUGAGUUCCGGGCAGAAUGUUCCUCAAACUCCGGAAGAGUUCCUGGAUAAACUGCUGGAGUGCUUCGACAAGUUCUUGGAGGGUGCAAAGAAAUACGAUCGCGUGUUUGAAGAGCAUGCUCUAUUCUUGGAUACCGAUUUGGUGUACCCAACUGCAGCAGGUCUGCCGCUGAAGUUGUCCUACGAGGGAGCUGGAGUCGCACGGUUGGAAACAAGCGUAGAAGUUGACUUGAAGGAAAUCGCUAAGGACUACAAAAAAACCAAGUUCAAUUUGAAGUUGGUGCCCAGUGCCAGCUACCAACUGACGGGAACGUUGAGCGUCGAUGCAUACACGGUCAGCACGGGUCUUCAGUUGUCUGGUACAGUGCACACCGCCACCGGUAGCGCUGUUAACUUCGCUCUGCUAGAUGAUGCAAAGGCUUACGAUCUAACGAUCGAUUCUCUGUUCAAGAAGCAAGAGCUGAUCAAUUUCAGCAGCAAACUUGUGUUCGUGACUCGUGAACGAGGCAAUCAGUUAAUCUCGAUCCCACUGAAGAUGAACCAGCAGGUCAAGGAAUUCAAGGAAUGCUUUGACAAUCUGUACCAUAUUGUUGGUGUUACUGUUUGCGCUUCAGCCGGACAGAAGCAGGUACCUGGCAAGGCUCUGGUCCCGUUGGAUGGAGAAUAUCAAGCUGAAUUGUAUUUGGAAGUUGAUCCCAAGUACCAUUUCUCUGGCAAAUAUGAUGAUUCGGACAAGCAACAUCAGAGUCUGUUGUUGACAUUCGAUACCCCCGGAACGGAGAAGUCGCGUGCCACUAGUUUGAAGCUCGAAAGUUACUUCAAGGGUGACGCUUACGUCAAGGCUACCGUCCUAUCGCCACUUCGGAACGUGGACGUGACAAUUGGUUUGAACAACAACGAGAAGGAAGCUGCGUUGUACGCUUUAGCUCAUAAUGGACCAGAUGAGUACUUGGCCAAGGUCGGAUUCGAGAAGGCUGGCUCCGCGGAACGACAGGAGUACAUUCCAAUUUUCUCCGUCAAAUCGCCAAGCGGAGAUGCGCAGGUAUCGAAGCUUGUUCAAACAACGGGAAAAAUUAUAGUUGAAAAGGGCGACGGAGGUGCUACGAAAUACAACCUGGACAACAUCGAAUGGACGAGCCCCUAUGCGCCGAAGACGACUGUCAACGGUAUUGUGACCCAGAAUGGCCCAAGCUUCGAUACCGAUGUAGUAAUUCUAGUGGGAGAUAGCAAAAAUAACGUUAAGGGACAUUUGGACUUUAGUCCAAAGCAUGUAAAUUUCGACUUAGAGAAGAAGACUGAUGGUGGUGAUGCGAACAAGAACUUCAAGGUAGAUGUGGCAGUGGCAUAUUCGGAAAAUUCGUUCAAGAAUAUUUUCAUCUUUGUCGCCGGCAAGGACUUCAACAACCCUUCCAAUCGCUACGAAUUGAACCAGCAGGCAGAAUUUGAGUUAGAGGACAAAAAAUUGACGUCCCUUUCGCUGAAGAACAAAUUGCAGCUUCCGAAGCAGUUGAUCCGUUUGGAUCUGAUCACAAACAAGAACCAUUUCAAGCUGGACGGUGAAUACGGCUACGAUAAGUACAAGGUGGCCGCCAACGUGGACGCCAAGUACAACGAAAAAAGCGCCGGAGACUACGAUGUAACGGUGGGAGCUUCACUAAACAAGCAUUUCUUCAAGUUCUUCUCCAAGCGUACGAUCGAUGCCGCCAAGAGCAAGUUCCAGAAUCGUUUGACAGCCAGCACCGGCACGAAGGUUGAGGUGAACGGAGUUGCGUCGAACAAAUUUACCGAACAGGAAGGAGAACUGAAUCUGGAAGGUCUGUUCGUGGCCGUCGAGAAGGCAGAUCCCUACAAGCUAACGUUAUCUGUUCAACUGGCCCCGUCCAACGUGUUAUCGAACGCGAAGGUUCUAGUUGGAAAGGAUGAGUUCGCUACCUACGAUCUGAAGGUGGAUCGAUCGGAAAACUCGAACGGGAAAUUCAACUUCGCCGUCAAGGACUUCUUCGAUGGAAACGGCGAGUUCAAAGCCAAGAACGGCCAGGGAGAUGGAAGCGCUCUUAUCAACUUCCCGAAGCAAGACCGCAAGCUAAAGCUGGACACGAAGUUCAAGAUCAACGCACCGAUUUUCGACAUCGCGACUGAUUUCUACUAUGACUUCGAGAAGGACAACACCAAGAAGGUACACUUCGACACCAAGAACAAGGUCACCAAGGGUAGCUUCGACAGCAAGAACAAGCUGGAGGUAUUCUCCGAAAAGUACGAAUUCAACGUUCAGGGCCAACAGACCGGACAGCCUACCGAUGGAACGAUGAAUGGAAAGUUCUCGCUAACGCUGCCAACGGGCCGUCAGCUGUCCGGAGACUUCAAGCGUGAUGUGGAUGGGAAAGACGAAAAGAAGUCCACGGGAAGUAUCGUUUCGAACCUGGUAGACAAGCUUCCUAGUGGAAAGCAGCAAUCACUAUCGCUCACUGGCAAUUUGAAGGAUGGCGACUUCAAGGCACGCUUCUUUGACAUGGUGCAUCACUUGAAGUACACCAGCUUCGAAGGAAAGGAUAUCGAUUUGGAGUUGACUACCAAACAUCAGCCAGUUGGACACUUCAAGAAUGCUGUAUUGCAUGUUAAAGUGAAGGGAUCGUUGGUACCGCAAGAAAGUGAAUUUGCUUUCGAUCUGGACGAAUACUGUGAACAACACGCGGUUUAUCGAUUGAGCGGAAAGUAUGGAUCAGACUUCGAUGGUACAGUUAGCGGAAACUACCACGUUGGUAAGCCAGGAAAAGCACAUUCACAUGAGGUCAAAGCAAAGGUUAACAUCCCGCAAGCCCCAAUGAAAACGCUUGCUCUGGAGUCCAAGGGCACCUAUACGGAACCGGAAAGCGAAACCGGCCUCUACGAAUUAGACUACGCUGGCUCGUUUGGUUAUAGUGAUAAGGUAGUAGCAGUAUCUACUAACGCUAAGGGCAAUAUUAACCAUGGAACAGCAAACGUGAAAGUUAACCUUCCCGACACGGAUCCGUUAUCAGCUGACGUACAGUACAACUAUGAAGGCAAAGAAGAUGGACCGAUCUCCACCAAGGGAACCCUUAAGGUGAACUAUGGCAACGGUAAGACGCUCGGAUUCAGCGGUGAAGCCAAGGCAAUCGGAUUUGACGAUAUUUCGGUGCAUGCAACCCUGAAUUCUGAAUUUGAACAUGCUAAGAACGUUGAGCUGACCUUCAAACACGUAAAAUCUGUCGACAACGCAUUCAAUACUAAACUGAACGUUAUAGCUGAUGACAAAACAUACAGCGUACUUAAUGCAGUUGUACUAUCUGAAACCAGUCCGUCGGUAGACUUCAACCUUGGAUAUCCAGGAAAGGAUGUUAAAGUGUACGGAGCUUACAAACUUCUCAGUGAUCGUGCGUUCCGAGCGGAAACCAAGGUAUUGAAUUUCGGUGACUUCAACCUAGAUGCAAAUCUUGAAGCCAACUUCCAAAGCUAUGAAACUUUCUACGCCAAGGCAUACGUCGAUGCCCCGAAACUAAAUGCCAACAAAAUGAGCGUAGAGAUCAACUCGAAGCCUGGAAGCAGCGGAAAGGGUGUAGAGUUCAAGGCUUCAUCGGACGGAAAAAAUAUGCUAAGUGGAUACGCUGAUUACUCCGUCAAGGAGCAAGGCAAGAGCACCAUCAUCGAAGGUCAAGGAAACGUUAAAUUGUACGACAAACAACAGCAAACCGCUUCAUUCAAGUUGACCCGCGAGAAGCUUCAAGAUGCUGGAUACACGUUCACAUUGGCAGCUUCCAUCGACAAGAGCACCGUUUCCACAGAGGUUCGCAUCAAACCGAACGAUUUCUACCUGAAGAACAAGGUUUGCGAAAAGAACCAAUGCACCAAUCUGGAAAUCCAAUCCAAACUGGAACGCACCGGAAGUAAAUUCAAUCAUGAAGCUCUGGUAUCGCUUGACCUUCAACAGCUAGGCUACGCUCAUGAGUUUGGACUAACCGCCAAGACUAGCGGCAACGGUUUUACGUUGGACCACACCACGGACGUACAGCUUAAGGAGAAGAAACAACCCAAGUAUCAGUAUCUGCUUUAUAUCCACCCGAAUAGUGCCGGAGCAAGUCUAAUUCUGCCGACCCGUUCCAUUGUCAUCGAAGGGGUGUUCAAAUAUCCAAAGGAUAAGUUUGGCCACUACGACAGUACCGUAUCAUUCUACCUGGACAAGAAGAACGCACCGGCGAACAAGGCUACCUUCGGAUUCACCGGCGAAACCAAAUUAAUUGGAUCGGCUGGAGUUGGUGGCUCUGGUGCCCUGAAAUUCUCACACCCAACCACCAAAGAUCUCGUGGUUAGCGCAUCCGGAGUUUUGGAUGGCGACAAGCAAACCGUCGAAGGUAAGGUCGAGCUGGACCUAUUCAAGAACGCCAACGAUAAGAUUAUCGCCGUGGCCAAGUACGUCAACAGUGACCAAAGCUUCAAGGGUUUCAACGUAAGCACUGAAGUCAGCAUCGCAAGCAAGGGUCUUGGUUUCGACUGUGGUCUCAGUGGCCACUCCGCGUUGUCCUUGGCAACCAAACAACUCAGCUCCGCUGUAUCGAUUAACCUUCCGUUCGAAGAUUUCCGUUUCGGAUCGUACCUGUUCGCUAGCCCAGAAGAAAUUGACUUCCUUCUAAAGAAAUUCAACGAUGAAUUAAUUCGCGCUCAUGGCACGUACGACUCGAAGAAGAACAAAGCUGAGUUCACCACGACGAUGAAACUUGUCCCGAACCGCCCAAUUGUGCUGCAAUCGAACAUCAAUGGAUUCUCGUCCGCCAAGUUCUCCCUCAACCAGGACAAAUUCUUCAAUGUCGAUGGCACGUUCGCGGUCGACAAAGCUGCCACCUUCAAGGUUGUUGGUCUGGAAAAGGAACUCCUCAACGCUAAGAUUACUCUCGACGCGAGCCACUUCCUGUCAACCGAAUACCAAGUCAACGAGGAAAAUGCCAAGGGCUUCCUGCAGGCGUUCAACAAACAGCUUCAGAGUGAUCUGGAAAGCACCAAGGCAGAUUUCGAAAAGAAGUACACUCAGAUGAAUGCUGAUAUCAGCAAGGUGUUCAACAACUUGAUAGCUGGCCUACCGGACGUGGGCAAAUUCCAGGCCGAUUACAGCGAACAGCUGAAGAAACUACAGGAAGAAUUGUUGCAAGACCCAACUAUCAAAGAAUUCUUCGAUUUUGUAACCAAAAUUUAUGCGGCCAUUAACGAAGUUGUCGGUCAACUGUUCCAGAUCUACACUGAAAACUUUAAGAAGAUUUCCGCCGUCGUUACUGAUGUUGUUGGACAGCUAACCGAAACGUUCAACACCAAACUGCAACCAAUUCUGAAGGAUCUCUACGUUAAAACGGAAGCAAUCCUAUUCAGCAUGUACGAAGAAACACUCAAAUUGGUGGUGGCUGUAUUUGAACGCAGCGUCAAAGCACUGAAGGCGUUCGAAGAUGACUUUAACAAAAUCGCCAAGAACUUCUCGGACCAAUUCAAGAGCUUCGCGCUGACAUUCAACAAAGCCAUCGCUACGCUGGAUAAGGAAUUCAAGGAACUGUACAAGGCAAUUCAAGAAUACUUCGAUACGUUUGACGAGUUCAAGGUAUUGAAGGAAACUUUCAAGGAAUACUUCGAUGGUCUAGAUCGAUAUGCCUACCAACUGCUGAAGGAGCUGCUAACUUUGGCUGAGGACAUGUAUCCAGUUGACGAGAUGAAGGCUUUCACCGCUUCCGUUAACAAGUACAUCACCGCAAAGUUGGAGAAUAAACCUGUCAACGAUGUCGAAGAGCUUAAGACCAUCUUCGUCAACCUUAUGAAAGCAAUUAACCUGCUGUUCGACAAAUUGACUGCCUCUGUAACCACCUCGCUGGACGAUCCCGCAUACGCGGGAGGUAUCCCAUCGUUCGUCACGUUCAAGUUUGUCCCAUACAUUAGCAGCUUUAAGUUUAGCCCUCUAAACUAUUUACGCAACGAAAAGUUCCUCUCAUUGCGCGACUUCCUGUACCAGUUCCGGCCGUACGCGUGGAAUCCGUUCGCCAUUCUACCACCGUUCACGAUGCAUGGAGAAAUUGCCGACGGAAGUCAUUUCUUCACAUUCGACGGACAACAUUUCACUUUCGCCGGCAGCUGUCAGUACGUUCUGGCGUCAGACUUCGUCGACGGAAACUUCAGUCUCGUAGCGAAUGUGCAGAACGGAAAACUGAAAUCUGUCGCUUUGAUCGACAAGGAUGUGAUAGAGCUGAAUGACAACGGUGUAGUAACCUUCAACGGUAAGGCUACAGACCUUCCGCUUCACAAAAAUGAACUUCACGCUUGGAGACGCUUCUACACUGUUAAUUUGUUGACCACAUACGGCGCUAGUGUGCUGUGUACUACUGAUCUGAAGGUGUGUCACUUCACAGUUUCCGGAUUCUACCUAGGAAAGAUACGUGGUCUGCUAGGAAAUGGAAACUACGAACCGUACGAUGACUUUACUCUGCCUAGCGGAGUUGUUUCUGAGAGCUCAACUGACUUCGCCAACAGCUACAAGACUACGAAGUCGUGCGCUGCAAUUGCCGCUUACGAUCAUGCUUCCCACGAACACAGCAGCCCACUUUGUUCGAAAUUCUUCGGUGCCGAUAGUUCGCUGAGGUAUUGCUUCUUCUUCAAGGAUCAGACCAACUUCCGGGAAGCUUGCGAACAUGCCGUCCACGGUGCACAAAACCCUGAAGAGGCUGCUUGCAGUAUUGCCUUCGCGUACGCUUCGGCGUGCCGUUUGGAAUUGAUCCCGGUUGAUGUACCGGCACAAUGUCAAAAGUGUUCCGUCGGAGGAAAGGAUAUCGGCGUUGGCGACCAGUUCAGCGUAAAGUCACCACAGAAACAGGCCGAUGUUGUACUGGUGGUGGACACUUCAAUCGGAACUCUGCUUGGUGAAUUGGUACAGGCAACUAUUAAUGAUUUGCGAAAGGAGUUGAAGUCCAGCGGAAUCCCCGAUGUACACGUGGUGGUUUUGGGAUACAACAGAAACCAGAAGUACGUGAGCUUGUACACUAGUGGCGGCAGUUUAGAUUUCACUGGAAAGCUGGGACAGGUGGACGUUAGCGGUCCGGAGAACUGUAAAGCGCUGGUUACCGGUAACGAGAAAAUCGAUGGAUUCCUGAAAACGCUGCACGAAUUGGGAGAACAGGUUGCUGAAGAUGUCGGCGCAACCUCAGAUGCUCGAGCAUUCCUGGAAGCUUUGCAGUAUCCGUUCCGACCCACCGCCAGCAAGUCGAUUGUUCUCGUUCACUCUGAUGAUUCGGAGAAAGUGCCAGAUCCGACUCGAGCAAUUAAGUCACUUCUAGCAACUUUAGAUCUGAAGACAAAGGGUGUCGGUCUCCACGUGAUCACGCCUGUUAAGGGUUUGGGUAUUACCAAUAGCAAGGAUCAGAAGAAAGUGAAAGAAAUUGUUGGUUUCAACUCGAGGCAAGCCUUCACCCUGGCUGACAGCAAGAAGCGUACCAACAUCGGAUCAACGGAACUGAAGAACCACUUGAAGUACGAGUCAGAUUUACUGGUUGACAUGGUGCAGAAGAAUGACGGCUAUGUGUUCGUGCUGCAAAACUUUAGCGGGCUGAAGCAAGCCAAGGACAAGAAAUCAUUUGUUGCCGUUCUAGCUUCGGCACUCGGGGACUACAUCUCACGGACAGAGAUUCUGAGUGAUUGCGUGUGCAAGCAGCGGAAUGGCUUGCAUGCGGAGGAAUCGUGCGAAGCUAAGGAAACCAAAUUCCUACCACCAGGAAAGAAAGCGGGAGGAGCAAAGGGAUAAGACGCACAACCAACACCUGAUAGGGGAGAGAUGACGUCCAGCCAUAUUUAUUAUACCAAAAAAGCAUCUUCGACUAGGAAAAAUGUUUCAUCACAAUGCCAUUGUCAGUCAGGUCCUAGCGUUUUUUUUAUCUCGUAUUGUAGUACUUCACAGAAACGAAAUAAAUGAAAUACAGUUUUAUAAUUAAAAA